UUAUGUAUUGUUCACCAAAUUAGCUAGUCUCUUUACGUUUCCACGGGUGGCCUUCCUGCUGAUUCUAGCUUUUUGUAGGUUAAAUUCGCUGGAAAAUUAUUUCCCGGUUUAAAACAGUAAUUUUCCUCAAUGGAGAUUGCACGAUAAUACCGCCUAUGAGGUAAUAACAGACGCGUACUUUAAAAAACACAUCGUUGAUGCAGUGUCUGCGUUAUUUGGAGAAUCUGCAGCUUGUGUAGACAUAGACGUCCUAAGAUACAAUCUAGCGAUCAAACGCGGUAUUUUAAGAGUACCCUCCGAAUACUACGUGAAAAUCCGCAGUAGUCUAACCCUGUGUGGUAGCUACAACAACAUCAGUUGUUCCUACAAGAUUCAUAAGACCAGCCCCAUUUUGCUGAAUCUCCAGGGUGACAGUCGAGAAUACGAGCACUGAAAUGUCUUUCUGCCAAAGAUUAGGGCCCCAGGGCAAGGAUAUAGUGAUUUUUGCCACCCCAGAGGACCACAAGGUCCCAAGCACUGUGACUCUGCCAGAGCCUGACCCCCAGCCAGGGCUGAUCCUCCCAAACGGGGACAUCAACUGGAACUGCCCCUGUCUAGGGGGCAUGGCAACGGGGCCCUGUGGGGUGGAGUUUAGGAACGCAUUUAGUUGUUUUCACUAUUCCGAGGCGGAACCUAAAGGUAGCGAUUGCUAUGAAUUAUUUAAGACCAUGCAAAAUUGUAUGCAAAAAUAUCCAACUUUGUACAACAAAGACUUAGCCGACGAUGAUGACUUUAGCUCGAUGGAUUCAGGCGACAAAAGCGCAGCGCCUAGUUCUGAAGGCGCUCCAAAGUCGGACAAAAAAUCAUAAGAACUUAAAGGCUAAUCUAGUUUUUGUUAUAGUUUAAGAAGACAAUCUUUCCUAAUUUGUCUAGUUUUUUCUAAUUGUUACAUGAAUGUUACUACACAAUUGUAACGUUUGAAAGUUUUUUUUUAAUAAAUUUGUUUUGCAUU